GCCCCUUUGUUUCUUUCUUUUCCGUCCGUCCGUCCGUCCUUCCUUCCGUCUUCGUCGGGCGGGGCGGUGCCGCUUGAGGGAGAGAGAGAGAGAGAGAGAGAGAGAGAACUCAAAGGCAGAGAAGGGCUUCGAUCGUCCCAAAUCGAUCAUCGUCGUUGUUGGUGGUCGCAUUCUAAGCAGCAUGGAGUCGAUGGAAGCGUUGGUGGCCCACAUCGAGGCGCUGUCGGCGAUCCCCGAGGAGCUCCCCCACCUCCACUCGCUUCUCAAGCAGUCGGAGGACGCCCUCCGAUCCCAGGGCCCUGGCCUCGCCCCACUCCUCCUCCACCAACUCGACCCUUCCAAGCAUUCCCUCGGCUAUCUCUACAUCCUGGAGGCAUACUUGUCUGGACCGAUUUCAAGCGACCAAGCUGGUGGUUUCCUUUUAUCUGUUGUUGACUUCAUUAAUUCCUGCUCUGGAGAUCAAAUACGUUUGGCUCCUGAUAAAUUUAUACAGGUAUGUAAGAGGCUGAAAGAUCAAGUCAUGCAGCUGCAAGUUCCACUGCAGGGAGUGGCUCUAAGGACAGCAAUUCGUAAACUCCAAACUUCCUCCGAGCAGUUGACUACUAUUCACUCAGAUUUUCUUCUUCUUUGUAUUUUAGCCAAGUCCUAUAAAACUGGCCUAAGUAUUUUGGAGGAUGAUAUACUUGAAGUUGACCAACCGAGGGAUCUCUUCCUCUAUUACUAUUAUGGGGGGAUUAUAUAUAUAGGAUUGAAGCGUUUCCGCACUGCAUUGGAGUGUCUUCACAAUGUUGUAACUGCACCAAUGACCACUUUAAAUGCUAUUGCAGUUGAAGCAUACAAAAAGUAUAUAUUAGUCUCCCUUAUUCUCAAUGGGCAGGUUCCAUCAUUUCCUAAAUAUACAUCGUCAACGGCUCAAAGGAAUUUGAAGAACCACACUCAGCCCUACAUUGAUUUGUCUGCUUGCUAUGCCUCGGGGAAGUAUUCAGAUCUAGAGGCCUUCAUCCAAUCAAAUGUUGAGAAGUUUCAGUCUGACAACAAUCUUGGAUUGGUGAAGCAAGUCCUAUCUUCUUUAUACAAGCGCAAUAUCCAGAGACUAACACAGACUUACUUGACUUUGUCCCUCCAAGACAUAGCCAAUGCUGUGCAACUGAAGACCCCGAAGGAAGCUGAAAUGCAUGUUCUACGGAUGAUUCAAGAUGGGGAGAUAUUUGCUACGAUAAAUCAGAAGGAUGGAAUGGUCAGUUUUCAUGAGGAUCCUGAGCAGUAUAAAACUUGUGAGAUGGCAGAGCACAUUGAUUCCACAAUUCAGAGGCUAAUGGCAUUGUCAAAGAAACUGAGAUCAAUUGAUGAGCAAAUAUCAUGUGAUCCUGCGUAUGUAUCGAAGAUUGGGAGGGAACGGCCAAAAUUUGACUUUGACGACUUCGAUUCUGUUCCCCAUAGGUUUAUAUGAAGAAAGCUGGAUGAGACAGCAUAUUUGUGAAGCAGUCUAGGAAAAAUAACUCAUAAUCCAUAUAUAUAUAUAUAUAGGAAGCUCAUCACAUCUUUUUCUCCUUGCAAUUUCUAUAUGACUGUUGGAAGUACAAGCUCUUUGGAUAUGUAGUACUCGGAUGAAAUCUAACUCAUCUAAUCGUUUGGAUGUUUGGCAUAGUUUAGGAAUGCAGCUGAUUGCAAGGUCUUUUCUGAACCGGUCUUUUCUGAACCGUGGUAAUGGAAAUGCCGGAUGUGGGGUUUGUGAUUGUAUGGUGAUUCAUUUUUUCUGUAGUCAUUGUAAGGUCCGUAUCUUUUGCAUGCCAAUUAAAACAGCCUGCACCUGGUGCAUAUUUA